AUGCCGCGCCACCGCCGCUGCAGCCGGCUGCGCCGCAUCGUCGGCGGCGUCUCAGUCGGAGCUCUCCUGCUGUUAGCCGGAAGCGGAGGCCACAACGCCUACUCGGGCCGCCCGGUCUUCUCGUUGCCCCUCGGCCUCGGCGCCCCCUUCCCGCUCGUCGCCGACAGUCCGGCGCCCCCGCCCUUCCCGUUCGCUGCCGACUUUUCGCCGUCGCCGUCGCCGUCCCCGCAAUCCCAAUACUCGCCCUUCCGCCUCAGCGAUGACAGCCUCGCGCGGCGCCUUCUCCCCCUCCGCCUCCGCGCCGGCCACUCGCCGCCGCCGCAGGAGGCGGAUGCGGUCCUCCUUCCCGACCAGGAGGUCCUGGUCCUCGACGACACUGAGCCUACCGGCGACGCCAUCUGCGCCUUCCAGGGUGGGGCGUCCUCCCCGGCGAGACCGCUCGGGAGGCUGCCGGCGUCCGGGCUUCACUCAUACGUCUGCCGCCUUCCCGAGCCAGCGCAGAGCUUCCAGCAGCUCCAAGCGCCGCUCUUACUCCACUCCUCCACCUCCUCGGCCGCCGCAGCUGCUCUAGAUCCUCCUUCUCCUUCUCCGGGCCGCGCAUUGCUUAACUGGAGCAGCGACCCGAUAGUGUUUGACUCGGCUCUUCUGGACGGAGGCGACGUGCUCGUCUUCGCUAAGGGAAUCAGCCGCCGCCAAGGUCUUCAGUGCCUGUAUCGCUACAGCGACGGCGCCGGUACCAUGCUGGCAUCUACGCCCGCAACCAGCUCAGUACAGCAAGUUACUCGCUGCCCCUCGCCGCCUACACCUGUCAAGUCAGGAGGAAGCACCAAGUUUCUUGUCACACUAGGGGUCACUGGCGAGGAUCCCAUGCCCUCCCUUGCAACCUUUCGUCGACAGCAAGCUGAAUCUUCUUCGCUGACUCCCCACAAGAGUUCAAUUUGCGCCUGCACAAUGGGACGCAACAUCUCCAAGUUUCUCAGGGAGUGGGCACUCUACCAUAGUGCGAUUGGGGUGGAUCAGUUCUUUAUCUACGAUAAUGGCAGCGAGGACAACUUGGCAGGCCUAGUGGCGCAGCUCAUAUCCUCCGGGCUCAACAUCACAACCGUGCCAUGGCCUUGGACCAAGGUCCAAGAAGCUGGUCUGUCUCAUUGCGCGGCCACACAGCAAGCUUCGUGCCAAUGGAUGGCUGUCAUAGAUGUUGAUGAGUUCAUCUUCUCAACAAGCUGGGCAGGAUUAGAGAAGCCAUCAAAAUCUUUGCUCGAGCCCGUCAUUUCUGUUGAUGAUAGCGUUGGCCAAAUAUACCUUGCUUGUUAUGACUUUGCCCCCUCGGGCCAAACAGCACAUCCACCAGAGGGGGUCUGCCAGGGCUACACUUGCCGGUUGAAGAACCCGCAGCGGCACAAAUCCUUGGUCCGUCUCGACGCCGUGGAACCAUCCCUCAUGAAUGUGGUCCAUCAUUUUAAGCUCAAGCCUGCUUUCAAAAGCAUCUGGACCGCGUUGGCACGUGUUAACCACUACAAAUACCAAGCUUGGUCGGAGUUCAAAGUCAAGUUCAAGAGGCGCGUGUCCGCUUAUGUGGCUGAUUGGAAAGAUCCGAUCAACCUCGACUCAAAGGACCGGGCUCCUGGCUUAGGAGUUGAUGACACCGAACCAAAAGGCUGGGCCCAAAGAUACUGCGAGGUUAAAGACAAUAUCCUUCAGCUGUUAACCACAAGAUGGUUUGGUGUCGGAUUUGGGAACCCUCAUUAG